AUGAUAAAUAACUUUGAUAUUGUUACUACUACUACUACUACUACUACUACUACUACUACUACUACUACUACUACUACUACUACUACGACUACUACUACUACUACUACUACUACUACGACUACUACUACUACUACUACUACUACUACGACUACUACUACUACUACUACUACUACGACUACUACUACUACUACCACUACUACGACUACUACUACUACUACCACUACUAGUAUUACUACUAUUACUACUACUACUACUACUACUACUACUACUACUACUACUACUACUACUACUACUACUACUACUACUACUACUACUACUACUACUACUACUACUACUACUACUACUACUACUACUACUACUACUACUACUACUACUACUACUACCAAUGCUACUACUACCAAUACUACUACAACUACUACUACUACCACUACAACUACUACUACUAUUACUACUACUACUAAUACUAACACUACUACCAAUACUACUACUACUACUACUACUACUACUACUACUACUACCAAUGCUACUACUACCAAUACUACUACUACCAAUACUACUACUACCAAUACUACUACAACUACUACUACUACCACUACAACUACUACUACUAUUACUACUACUACUACUAAUACUAACACUACUACCAAUACUACUACUACUACUAAUACUAAUACUAAUACUGCAAAUACUACUUAUGAUGAUAUUAAUAAUUAUUUACCAAUAUCAAAUAAACAUCCUUUAUUAUCUGAAACGUAUUCAAAACAACAACUCAUUCAUAUCCAUAAUUCAAUAUCCAUAGAAAUACCAUUUUCAUUACGACAAUAUACAACACUUUAUUAUAUUAUCAUAAUCAUUAUUAUUAUUAUAACAUGGUUAGAUAAUGUGAAAGCUAAACCAUCAUAUUAUAAAUCAUUUAUCUAUACAACGGAACAGAAUACUAAUAAUAAUAAUAAGAAUAAUAAUAAUAAUCAUAAUAAUGAUAGUUGGAAUAUGAUUGAACCAUGGGAACCACUUAAGAAACCAAUCGAACAUCAAUUGGAUCGAUUCAAUAAUGAUCAUAAACAUAAUGAAUGGAAUAAUAUAAGAUUACAAUAUCAAUCCCAUCAAUUAUAUCUUUUAAAUAAUAAUGGAGCUAAAUGUAAUGAUGGUUCAUCAGCGGGUUAUUAUUAUCGUCCAGCAAAAUAUACAACAGUAAGUAGAUGGUUAAUAUUUCUUGAAGGUGGUUGGUAUUGUUUUGAUGAAGAAACAUGUAUUUUACGUGAAUCUAAUGCAUUUUCAUUAUUCUCAUCAAAAUUUUGGCCAAAAACUCGUUCAUUUGGUGGAAUACUUUCAUCUGAUUCAAAUGCAAAUCCAAUUUAUCAUGAUUUUCAUAGUGUUUUCAUUCCAUAUUGUUCAAGUGAUUUAUGGACUGGGAAAAUGGCUAAUCGUAGUGGAGAUUUCUACUUUCAUGGAUCACGUAUACUGGCAGCUGUUAUUGAUAAUAUACCAUGGCAAAAUGCAGCUUAUACAGAGAAAGUUAUAUUUGCUGGUUCUAGUGCUGGAGGAAUUGGUGUACUUAUGAAUAUUGAUAGAUUAAGUAGAAAAUUAUUUAAUCGUAUUGGAUAUCCUGUAUUAGUUAGUGGAAUAAUAGAUUCAUCAUGGUUUAUUCACAUUCCUGCUUAUCAAGAAAGUAAAUGUGUUAAUGCAUUUGAAUGUCCACCAGAAGAAGGUAUUCAUCGAGGAAUGAAAUUUUGGAAUCCCAGAAUACCGAAACCAUGUCGUAAAGCUCAUCCAAAAGAAGAAAAAUGGAAAUGUUAUUUGGCCCCGUUUAUGUAUCCACAUUUAAAAACUCCAGUUUUUAUUGUUCAAAGUUUGUUCGAUGAAGCACAAAUGCAAAUGUCUAAAGUUCCAUUACUUACCGGUGGAACAUAUUCAAAAUGGGCAUAUAUACAAAAUUUAGGCAAAGAAGUAGCACGUAGUCUUCAGGCAGCUGGGUUAGUUAAUUAUGAUUAUAUAUGUAAAUCCUGUUUAGCGAUUUCUACAUUGGGUAAACAAAAAUUAUUAUAUUUCUCAAUUCACUAUCCAAAUAUUUUACGCAAAGCUCAACAAUCCAAUACAAAUAAUCGUCAAGAUUCUAAACAUAAAGAAAGUGUUACUACAGGGACUACGACGACCACCACCACCACCAUGGCAACGAAUUCAACACUUAUGUUCUUAUCUCGUCUUGUACAUUUAUUGAAUCAAUAUCCUAAAAGAUAUAAACGUCAUUUAAUACAUUAUCAUGAUUACACUUUAUUAAAAUCAUAUCCAUAUGCAUUUACAAUGACUCGUUUAAAUCAAAAAAAUGUUUCACAAUUAAUAAAACAAUAUCAUAAACCACGUAAACAUAUUAAUUCAAUAUUUGGUCAUUAUUCAAAUUCAUUUCUAUAUCAUAUUAUUGAUUCAUGUGGUUUAUUUUCAAUUCAUGGUAACCAUGGUACCUAUUUAUGUAAAAAUAUGAGUACUCAUCAUAAUAGUACAUAUAUGAAACCAUUUGAAAAUCAUACAUUUAAAUAUAUACCAUCAAUGGAUUAUUUAAUACCACAAUGUAAUCCAACUUGUGGUUAUUUAUCUAAUCCACAACGUAUUAAAUUAAUUGAUAUUUUAGCAUUAUAUCAAGUGAAUACAAAUUUAUUAGCUAAUUUAUUAGGUUUAUCUAUAACAACACUUAGAAAUUAUAAUUCAGAACAACAAAUGCAUGCUCUAUUUUGUAAUCAUCAUCAUCAUCAUCAUAACAAUAAUCAUAGAGUUAAACGUGGUUUAAGUCAAUUAUUAUUACCACAACUCUUUAUAUGAUUAAUUAAUUACGUCUGUUACUCCUAAUGGAGUAUAGGCUGUCGAUCAGCAUUCUCU